AUGGCAACGACAACUAGAGAAAGACGUCCUUCAACUGGUGGUCCUAUCAGUGAGCUACAAGGGCCUGUUGGUCCCGCUGGUAUCACUAGACCUAAGCAUAAGCGUACUUUUACGGGGUUUGGGGCGGGGGAGAUCAAGAGUGUUGAAGCAUCCAUUCCUGAACCUCAACGCGAAGCAUGGAAGAAAUAUACCGCUAAAGGAUUCGAGAACAAGGAAGAGUUUGAGAAAGAAGUCGUUCGUCAUGUUGAAACUACAUUGGCUCGUAGUAUGUUCAACUGCGAUGAGACGGCUGCAUAUGCUGCUGCCAGUUUGGCUUUCAGAGAUAAAUUGAUCACGGAGUGGAAUCGUACGCAGCAGAGACAAACUUUUGCGGAUAGCAAACGUGUGUACUAUUUGAGUUUGGAGUUCUUGAUGGGCAGAGCGCUGGAUAAUGCUAUGUUGAAUGUUGGGUUGAAGAAUGUUGCUAAAGAGGGUCUUUCGGAUCUUGGCUUCCGAAUUGAGGAUAUCAUCAACCAAGAGCAUGAUGCUGCGCUGGGUAAUGGUGGUCUUGGUCGAUUGGCAGCUUGUUUCCUAGACUCUCUUGCAUCUUUGAGCUAUCCAGCGUGGGGUUAUGGUCUGAGAUACAGAUAUGGUAUCUUCAAACAAGAAAUUGUAGAUGGAUAUCAAGUCGAGGUUCCAGAUUACUGGCUUGACUUCAAUCCUUGGGAGUUUCCAAGACAUGAUAUAGUUGUUGAUAUCCAAUUCUAUGGUCACGUUAGAAGAUUCCAGGAUGAGGAAGGAAAAUCAAAUACCGUCUGGGAAGGUGGAGAGAUCGUCAAGGCCGUGGCUUAUGAUGUUCCAAUCCCUGGUUAUGAUACCCCUGCCACCAACAACUUACGUCUUUGGUCUAGUAAGGCGGCUAGUGGCGAAUUCGACUUUCAAAAGUUCAACAGCGGUGAUUAUGAGAGUUCGGUAGCUGAACAACAGCGUGCCGAGACUAUCAGUGCUGUAUUAUACCCCAACGACAACCUCGAUCGUGGAAAGGAGCUUCGUCUAAAGCAACAGUACUUCUGGGUUGCGGCUUCAUUAUACGACAUCGUUCGUCGAUUCAAGAAGUCCAAGCGUGCCUGGAAAGAAUUUUCGGACCAAGUUGCUAUCCAGUUGAAUGAUACUCAUCCAACCCUUGCAAUCGUUGAACUUCAACGUAUUCUUGUUGACCUUGAAGGCCUCGAGUGGGAUGAGGCAUGGGGAAUCGUCACCAAGACCUUCGGUUACACUAAUCACACUGUCCUUCCUGAGGCUCUCGAGAAAUGGUCUGUUCCUCUCUUCCAAAACUUGCUCCCCAGACAUCUUCAAAUUAUCUAUGAAAUCAACUUGUUCUUCCUACAAACUGUGGAACGUAAAUUUCCUGGAGAGAGAGAUCUACUUGGCCGAGUCUCUAUUAUCGAAGAAUCUCAACCAAAAAUGGUUCGCAUGGCUUUCUUGGCUAUCGUUGGUUCUCACAAGGUCAAUGGUGUGGCUGAACUUCACUCUGAUUUAAUCAAGACCACUAUUUUCAAGGACUUUGUGAAGAUUUUCGGCCCUGACAAGUUCAUGAAUGUCACGAACGGUAUUACACCUAGAAGAUGGCUUCACCAAGCUAACCCUAGAUUAUCCGAGCUGAUUGCCAGCAAGCUUGGAGGUCACGAUUUCCUCAAGGAUCUUACUCUUCUUAAUAAGCUCGAAGCAUUCGCUGAUGACAAGGAGUUCAAGAAAGAAUGGCAGGAAAUUAAGUAUGCCAACAAGGUUCGCUUGGCCAAACACAUCAAGACGACUACUGAUGUCACGGUUAACCCUGCUGCCCUAUUUGAUAUUCAAGUCAAGCGUAUACACGAGUAUAAGCGUCAACAAAUGAAUAUCUUUGGGGUCAUUCACAGAUACUUGACUAUUAAAGCCAUGAGUGCAGAAGAGCGCAAAAAGUUGGCACCUCGUGUCUCGAUCUUCGGUGGAAAAGCUGCUCCAGGUUACUGGAUGGCAAAGACCAUCAUUCACCUCAUCAACAAUGUUGGCUUUGUUGUUAAUAACGACAAAGAUGUUGGAGAUCUUUUGAAGGUCAUCUUUUUGGAGGAUUACAACGUAUCCAAGGCUGAGAUGAUCUGCCCUGCAAGUGAUAUCAGUGAGCACAUCUCGACAGCAGGUACAGAAGCUAGUGGAACUUCAAACAUGAAGUUUGUGUUGAAUGGUGGUUUAAUUAUUGGUACUUGUGAUGGUGCUAAUAUCGAAAUUACACGUGAGAUUGGAGAGAACAACAUCUUCCUCUUCGGGAACUUAGCCGAAGAUGUUGAUGAUCUUCGUCAUGCACAUACUUAUGGUUCUACUCAACUUGAUCCCGAUCUUCAGAAAGUCUUUGAGGCAAUUCAAAAGGGUACUUUCGGUGACGCUAGCUCAUUUGCUGCUCUUGUUGGUGCCAUUCGAGAUCAUGGUGAUUACUAUCUCGUUUCCGAUGAUUUCAACAGCUAUAACCAAACACAAGCUUUGGUAGAUGAAGCCUAUAAGAAUCAAGAUGAGUGGACAACAAAGACUAUUACUAGUGUGGCUAGAAUGGGGUUCUUUAGUAGUGAUAGGUGUAUUAAUGAGUAUGCGGAGUCGAUUUGGAAUAUUGAACCGUUGGUUGCGAAGAAGGAAGAGACUGCUGGACAGAAUUGA